GCAUUAGCCUCUCAGUCAACAAACCAGCAGCAACAUGUACAAGCUCCUCCUUGUCGUCGCCCUCUUCGGAUGUGCCCUGGCCGCCCCAACGAACGAUGAUGUCAUCACCAAGUUCCUGACCAACCAGGAUACCGACGGAACUUAUGCCUACGAUAUCGAGCAGGCCAGUGGUAUCCAGAUUAAGGAGGAGGGUCAGUCGGGUCACUAUGCCCGCGGAUCCUACGCGUACAUCUCCCCUGAGGGAGUGCCCGUCCAGGUGGUCUACACUGCCGACGAGUUCGGAUUCCACCCACAGUCCGACCUCCUGCCCACUCCCCCACCAAUCCCAGAGGCCAUCCUGCGCUCCAUCCAGUACAUCCAGGAGCACCCCACCCCCGAGGAACUGGCCGAUCGUGAAGUCCGUGCCCAUCAGAUCUAAGUGGUCAAUGCCAAUAUUAGUCAUAAGUUAGCCAAAGUCGUCAUCACAUGAUGUGUUCAUCCAAUCCAUACGAUUAAAGCCAUCCAGCUUCGGCUGGUGUUUGUACAACUCA